ACCACUGGCUCUAAAAUGAGUCUCUCUGGGGAGAGAGAGGAGGGGACCACUGCCUCUAAAAUGACUCAAGACACCAGUUCUAAGAGUGUCCAGAAGCCCAGAGCAGAGUCACCUGCCCCCAGCCUGCUAUCAAUGAAGAGUGAUCAGCCACCUGCUUUCAGCCAGGAACCAUUACCAGAUGACAAUAAGGAAGUGGAGAGUUUGGACAGUGAGGAUGCAUUAAAGAUCACACACAACCUUCUGGACAGAAGAAGUCAAACUCUUCUGACAGUCCAACAAGACAUUAAGGCUAAACUGAAACACAAGUAUCAACACAUAUCUGAAGGAAUUAGACACCAUGGAAACCAAAGUCUGUUAAAGGACAUCUACACAGAGCUCUACAUCACAGAGGGUGGAAGUGGAGGGGUCAAUAAUGAACAUGAGGUGAGACUGAUAGAGAUGGCAUCCAAGAAACAAACCACACAAGAGACACCAAUCAAAUGCAACGACAUCUUCAAGCCUUUAGCUGGACAAGACAAACCUAUCAGAACUGUGCUGACAAAAGGAAUCGCUGGCAUUGGAAAAACAGUCUCUGUGCAGAAGGUCAUCCUUGACUGGGCAGAGGGAAAAGCAAAUCAGGACGUUCAUUUCAUGUUUCCUCUUCCUUUCCGUGAUCUGAACCUGAAAAAGGACCAAUACAGUCUGAUGCAACUUCUUUCCCACUACUUAUCAGAGCUGAAAGAGAUUGACAACAUUGAAGAUGGUGAAACCAAAACUGUUUUCAUUUUUGAUGGUCUGGAUGAGUGUCGACUUCCUCUAGACUUCAAAAACAAUGAGAGGUGCUGUGAUGUCACGAAGCCAACCUCAGUGGACGUGCUGCUGACAAACCUCAUCAAGGGGAAUCUGCUUCCCUCUGCUCUCCUCUGGAUAACCUCACGGCCUGCAGCAGCCAAUCAGAUCCCUCCUGAGUCUGUUGACCAGGUGACAGAGGUACGAGGGUUCAAUGAUCCACAGAAGGAGGAGUACUUCAGGAAGAAAAUCACAGAUCAGAAUCUGGCCAAUGAAAUCAUCACCCACAUAAAAACAUCAAGGAGCCUCCACAUCAUGUGCCACAUGCCAGUCUUCUGUUGGAUAUCAGCCACUGUCCUUGAGAUGAUGCUGAAAGAGGCAGAGAAGGAUGAAGUCCCCAAAACUCUGACCCAGAUGUUCACACACUUCACGCUCAUCCAAAUCAUUGUGAAGAACAAGAAGUACAACAAAGCCACAGAGACAAACCCAAAGGAACUGUCUCAGUCAGACAAAGAGAUGAUCCUGAAACUGGCAAAGCUGGCUUUCCAACAGCUGCAGAAGGGCAACCUGAUCUUCUAUGAGGAGGACCUGAGAGAGUGUGGCCUUGAUGUCACAGAGGCAUCAGAGUACUCAGCAUUGUGUACAGAGAUCUUUAAAGAAGAAUCUGGGCUGAACCAAGACAAGGUCUACAGCUUUGUGCAUCUGAGCAUGCAGGAGUUUCUAGCAGCAGUGCAUGCUUUAGAAUCAUGUCUGGACAAGAAGGAAAAUGUUUUUUCCACCACUAGUGAGGAUUACAUUUACAUUUUACAUGAAGAGGAGGAGUCAAUCCAGUUGUUUGACUUACACAGGAGAGCAGUGGACCAGGCCUUGAAGAGUGAGAAUGGACACCUGGACCUGUUCCUCCGCUUCCUUCUGGGUCUCUCACUGGAGUCCAAUCAGAAUCUGUUACGAGGCCUUCUGACACAGACAGGAAGUACAACACAGAGCAAUGAGGAAACAGUUGAGAGAACAGUCAGGUACCUUUCAGACAACAUCAAAUGGGAAUCCUCACCAGAAAGGAUCAUCAACUUGUUCCACUGUCUGAAUGAACUUGGUGCCAACUCUCUAGUUGAAGAAAUGCAAACCUCCCUGCGAUCAGGAACUCUUUCAGAAACAGAGCUAGAACCUCACCAAUGUUCAGCCCUGGCCUACCUGUUACUGAUGUCAGAGGAGGUGCUGGAGGAGUUUGACCUGAAGACAUACACCACAUCAGAGGAAGGUUAUCAGAGGUUGCUGCCGGUAGUGAAAACCUGCAAGAGAGCACGACUGGAUCGCUGUGACCUCACAUAUGAAUCCUGUGAGACUCUGGCUUCAGCUCUGCAGACACCAAACUCCCCCCUGAGAGAACUGGACCUCAGCUACAAUACCAGUUCACUCUGCAACAUACAGACACUAGUACUGUCUGGCUGUAAACUCACAUAUGAAUCCUGUGAGACUCUGGCUUCAGCUCUGCAGACACCAAACUCCCCCCUGAGAGAACUGGACCUCAGCUACAAUGACCUGGGAGACAGAGGAGUGGAGCUGCUCUGUGUUGGACUAACCAGUCCACUCUGCAACAUACAGACACUAGUUCUAGGUCAGUGUGGUCUGACAGAGGGUUGCUGUUCAGAUCUGGCCUCAGUCCUGAGUUCACCCAACUCACAACUGAAACAACUGGAGCUGAGAGACAAUGACCUGCAGGACUCAGGAGUUACACUGCUGUCUGCUGGACUGGAGGAUCCAGACUGUAAACUACACACACUGGGUCUGUCUGGCUGUCUGGUCACAGAGGAGGGCUGUGCUGCUCUGUCUUCAGCUCUGAGGUCAAUCCCCUCCCACCUGAAAGAGCUGGACCUGAGCUACAAUCACCCAGGAGACUCUGCAGGGGGACUGCUUUCAGCUGCUCUGGUGGAUCCCACAGAUAAACUGAUGAAGCUGAAUGUGGAUCAUGGUGGAGAGUUCAGGCUGAAACCAGGGCUGAGGAAAUAUGCCUGUCAUAUCAACCUGGACCCAAAUACAGCAAACCCAAACCUGAUACUGUCUGAGGGGAACAGGAAGGUGACACGGGUGGAGGAGAAGCAGCAUUAUGAAGACCAUCCAGACAGAUUUGACCAUCAUCCCCAAGUUCUCUGCAGAGAAGUCUUAUCUGGAUCUCGUUAUUACUGGGAGGUGGAGAUGGAUGGUGACAUUUCUCAUAUUGGUGUGGUGUACAAAGGAAUGCAGAGGAAGGGAGAGAUGGAGGAUGACAGUUGGAUUGGAGCCAAUAGGAAGUCCUGGUGUUUAUUCUGCUAUGACAGUGGUUAUCACUUUCACCAUGCUGGAGUCAUCAGAUCCAUCCCUGGUCCUGUUUCUAACAGCGUUGGAGUGUGUCUGGACUGGCCAGCUGGUACUUUGUCCUUCUAUAGCGUGUCCUCCUCUGGUACACUGACACACCUUUACACAGAACACACCACAUUCACUGAACCCCUCUAUCCUGGGUUUGGGUUUGGGGUUUACUCCUCCUCCUCAGUGACCCUGUGUCAGAUAGAUGACCAACACAUUCAAAGAGACCAUGGUGGAGAGUGUUGUAUCAAGCACAGGACACCCAAAGGGCGUUAUGAGUGCACAGUGUCUGGGCUCCGCUGGGUGUGUGACAGAGAUGUCAUUCUGAAGUAUCACUUCAGGAACUGGGAACCCUACAGUCAACUUCUGAAAGACAUGCAGUACGGACAAGGUGGUCCAUUGCUGGACAUCACUAUGGAGUUAGGGACCAACCCUUCCCUGAGGAAUGAGAUGAAGAUUCUUCAUGUAGAGGAACAUGGAGUGUCUGUUGAGGAAGUGCAUGAGGUCACCAGAUUCCAUGCUAAGAUUCUCCAUCCCAAGUUCUCAGCUAUCUCUGUUAUACUGAGCUAUAUCUUUUUUGGAACGUAG